AUGCAAACAAAAUUAGACGACUGGAAUUCAAGAAAACAAAAGGCAUCUCGUCUCCUAGCAUCCAUCAAUUUUCUUAAAAGAUGCAGAGACCACAACAUCAUCCCCAACUGUGUACGAUUGGCUCCAAGAAAGGACAUAGUUGGGAGCGCCAGUAUUCUUGAAACAGCAAGUAGAAAAUUGUUAAUUAAACUUGUCGCCGGACAUAGAACAGAGUAUCAACGACUAAACAUUCAAAUCCAAAAUGAAACGGAGGAAAUACGGGGCACACUAGUGCUCAUGUUAAGAGAUCUCAAGUUACUCCACAAUGAAACCAUGGUGAGGUUUGACAUUGAGUCACUAUUUACAAACUUACCACUAAAUGACUGCCUAGAUAUAAUUGCAAAAAGACUUAAGAACAUGUCACCAGAUUAUGUAGAUAUUGUAAAACACUGUCUCACAUCAGGAUACCUAAUGUGGAAAGAUGAGUUCUAUGUGCAGGUUGAUGGAGUAGCCAUGGGUUCUCCAGUGUCACCUAUAGUCGCUGACAUCUUCGUGGAGGACUUUGAGGAGAGAGCUCUGGCCAAUGCCCCGGUUAAACCUCGACUGUACAAGAGAUAUGUCGAUGACACAUUUGUAGUACUCCCCAAUGACAAAAUAUCUGCAUUUCUAGCACAUUUAAAUUCAAUACACAAUAACAUUAAAUAUACUGUUGAACAAGAGAACAAAAACUGUCAAAUUGUCGUGGUUAAAAUACAAUGUAGUUCAAGUUCCAGUCGAUCACGAUGGAACCUACGCCUUGAAUUUGACAAGAAUAAUUACGUGCUUCUUACUCACCUUUGA